CUGAAGUCAGCCGAAUGCGCUCCGAGUUCCUGCGCUCUGCUUCCUCUCCUCCGCUGGCUGAGAGAACGAGCGAGGGAGCGAGGGAGAGGCAGGCAGAGUGAGAGAAAGAGUGAGAGAGAGAGAGAGAGGGGAGAGAGAGCUUCUCUCCACACCGGCGCGAUGGCAUCAGAUCCAGGGCUGCUGCCGCUCGUCCUGUGGACUAUAUCUUUACAGGUGCUGAGCUCCAGAGCCUCGUCCAAUAAUGAAGUGAAUCUCCUGGACACUUCCUCAAUAUCAGGAGACUGGGGCUGGCUGACGUACCCAUCACACGGGUGGGACGCCAUUAACGAAAUGGACGAGUACUUCAGCCCCAUCCACACGUACCAAGUCUGCAACGUCAUGAGCCCCAAUCAGAACAACUGGCUGCGGACGAACUGGAUCCAGCGCAACGGAGCCCACCGCAUCUACAUCGAGAUCAAGUUCACGCUGCGCGACUGCAACAGCAUGCCGGGGGUCCUGGGGACGUGCAAGGAAACGUUCAACCUCUACUACUACGAGGUGGACCGCGACAUGGGCACCUCCAUGUGGGAGAGCCAGUUCUCCAAGAUCGACACCAUCGCGGCUGACGAGAGCUUUACCAACGUGGACCUGGGGGUGCGGAGGCUCAAGCUGAACACGGAGAUUCGGGGGGUGGGGCCUCUCACCAAGCGAGGCUUCUACUUGGCCUUCCAGGACAUCGGCGCGUGCAUCGCCGUGGUUUCUGUACGAGUUUACUACAAGAAGUGCACGGGGAUGGGUCGCAACCUGGCCGUGUUCACGGACGUUGUGACGGGGGCUGAUUCCUCGUCACUGGUGGAGGUCAGGGGUCAGUGCGUGGACCACGCAGAGGAGAGGGAUACGCCCAAGAUGUACUGCAGUGCCGAAGGGGAGUGGCUGGUUCCCAUUGGACGAUGCGUGUGCAGCGCUGGCUUUGAGGAACACAGGGAGUCUUGUAUUGCUUGUGAGGUGGGCUUCUAUAAACCCGUGGCUGGGGACCAGCUGUGUGGGAAAUGUCCUCUGCACAGCCACUCAGAGACCAGAGCUGCCCUCUCCUGCCCGUGUGAUGCCAACUUCUUCCGAGCCCCCACGGACACUCCCGCUGCCCCCUGUACAAGACCUCCGACAGCCCCAGUGAACGUGAUUUCUUCUGUAAACGGGACCUCCGUCAGUCUGGAGUGGGGUUCUCCUCUGGACUCCGGCGGCCGGGCUGAUAUUAUAUAUGAUGUGCAGUGUAAGAGGUGCGUGAAGGAGGGCGGUCAGUGUGAGGACUGCAGUGCUGCAGUUGGAGGAACUGGACCCGGUAUCAGUGGAGCGAUCGGGGGUUCUGUUGGAGCGUACGGAAGCACAGGUGGAGGACCAACUGGGAGCGGAGGAGGUGGAGGAGGAGGCAUGGUGUCUAGAACAGGAGCCGCUCCGAUUCGCUUCAUCCCGCAGCAGACGGGUCUGACGGAGCCGUGGGUGAACGUGGUGAACCUGGUGGCUCACGCUAAUUACACCUUCCGCAUCCUGGUGAUGAACGGGGUCAGUCACCUGAGCAGUGAGCCGCUGCCCUACGUUCUGGUCAACAUCACCACGAAUCAGGCAGCUCCCUCUCAGGUGAUGGCGGUGCGUCAGGAGAACGCCAGCAUAAACAGCGUAAUCCUGAUGUGGAGUGAACCAGAACAGCCCAAUGGAGUCAUACUGGAGUACGAUAUCAAAUACUAUGAAAAGGAUAAAGAGCUGCAGAGUUACUCCACUCUGAAGUCAAAGAGCACCAGCGCUAAGGUGUCCGGUCUCAAGCCUGGCACCAGUUACAUCUUCCAGAUCCGGGCCAGGACCUCAGCUGGCUGCGGACGCUUCAGCCCCUCUGUGGAGAUCCAGACUGGGAAAGCAGUCCCCUUACGGUACAACACAGUGACUAUUAUCUGGAUCUGUCUGGCGCUGGUCACUGGACUUGUGACCUUUCUGGCCAUUGUCAUCUGCAGAAAACGGCAAGAGGAGUACUUUGAAUUACACUGCGGCUACAGCAAGGCUUUCCAAGAUUCCGAUGAAGAAAAGAUGCACUACCAGAACGGCCACGUAUCAUUUCCAGAAGCCAGAUUUUAUAUUGAUCCCCACACAUACGAGGACCCAUGCCAGGCCGUCCAUGAGUUUGCCAGAGAAAUUGAAGCUUCCAGGAUCAAAAUUGAGAAAAUUAUUGGCUCAGGGGAGUUUGGGGAGGUGUGUUACGGCCGGAUGAAGCUGCCGGGAAAGCGAGACAUCCCCGUGGCCCUGAAGACCCUGAAGGCCGGAUACACCGAGAAACAGCGGCGAGACUUCCUGAGCGAGGCCAGCAUCAUGGCACAGUUCGACCACCCCAACAUCAUCCGCCUGGAGGGGGUGGUCACCCGAAGUAAGCCAGUAAUGAUCAUUACGGAGUAUAUGGAGAAUGGCUCUCUUGAUUCGUUCUUAAGGAGACACGACGGUCAGUUCACCAUCAUUCAGCUGGUGGGAAUCCUCCGGGGCAUCGCGGCCGGCAUGACUUACCUGUCUGAUCUGGGCUACGUCCACCGGGACCUGGCUGCCAGGAACAUACUGGUCAACAGCAACCUGGUCUGCAAGGUUUCAGACUUCGGCCUGUCAAGAGUCCUGGAGGACGACCCUGACGCCGCCUACACCACCACAGGUGGAAAGAUUCCGAUCCGCUGGACGGCCCCAGAGGCCAUCGCCUACCGCAAGUUCUCCUCAUCCAGCGAUGUGUGGAGUUAUGGAGUGGUGAUGUGGGAGGUCAUGUCUUACGGAGAACGGCCGUACUGGAACCUCACCAACAGAGAUGUAAUCAAGUCAGUAGAAGAGGGCUACAGGCUGCCGGCACCGAUGGGCUGCCCCGGCGCGCUCCACACGCUAAUGCUGGACUGCUGGCAGAAGGACCGCAAUGAAAGGCCGAGGUUCUGCCAGAUCGUCACGGUCCUGGACAAGCUUAUCCGCAACCCAGAGAACCUCAAGUCAAUGGACACAUUGUGCAGACUGAACAGUACUUUGAUGAACAGAAGCGUUCCUGAUUUCACUAGCUGCAGAUCAGUGAACGAGUGGUUGGACACCAUUAAGAUGGGGCGCUACAAAAACCACUUUGCGGCCGGAGGUUACCAGACACUGGGUCACGUGAUGAGCAUGAAUCAACAGGACAUCCAGAGGCUGGGGGUGACGCUGAUGGGCCACCAGAAGAAGAUCAUGACCAGCGUGCAGGUGAUGCGAGCGCAGGUGCUAAACCAGAGCGUGCCCUCGGUGCACGUAUAAUCCCCACCGCAGCUCUCCGCUUCCGUAUAAAUACAUAUUCCGCUAAUAUGUGUUUUUCUGGGUUGUGUGUUGAGAACUCUUAAAGACUUCUUCUUCUACGAGAACGAACAUCAACAGGACUUUCAGAGGAUUCCCUCCACAAUGGACCUUCGUUUUUCAAGGACAAUCCCUGCAUUCCUUUUCCUUUUGUUUAAUUUUUUUGUGAAAAAAAAAAAAAAAUCCCCAUGGACAAUUUUUUGUGUUUUUACUUUCUUUUUUUUUUUUUUUUUUUUUUUGUAAAUGAAUGGACUGCCUUAACCAACACAGAUAAUAUAAAUAUUGGUGUAAAUGAAGGAAGAUUUUAUGAACAUUGAUUUUAUGAACAUUAACAUGUGCGAUAUUGUACAGAGAGCGUUAACAGGAGGACUAGGAGUACUGGGAGUCUGGGAAUACUGGGAGUACUGGGAGUCUGGGAAUACUGGGAGUACUGGGAGUCUGGGAAUACUGGGAGUACUGGGAGUCUGGGAAUACUGGGAGUACUGGGAGUCUGGGAAUACUGGGAGGACUGGGAGUACUGGAAAUACAGUGUGUUGUAUAUGCAUAAAAUAAACCCUGUUGCCAGUCACCCACCACAGCACAUAAAUGGCAUGGAUGAUACUACGAGUGCCUCAAAAAUGCUGAAUACAGACACUGGAAAAAAAAAAUACUGGCAAAAAAGAGAGAGAGAGGCAGAAGCUAUUAGCAUCAAGAAUCGCUGUCAAAACGAAACCUCGUACCUCCAAAAUAGCAACUUUUUAAGAAAAUAAACAAAAAAAAAACCUCUUAAAUUUUGUGUAUAUUAAUGUACCGAAGUUUUAUUUUACAUAAUUUUGGACCAUUUCUAUCGGUCUAUUCAUGAAACGUGAAUCAAUGUUACGUUCACACUAUGUAAAGGGCAGCUGGCAUUUUUUUUUUUUUUGUUUAAUAAAGGAGUUUAAAUACGAGGUUUGGCUGUGACAGCGACGAUACUGUACACUGAAUAAGCAUAUAUAAGCUAUGAGCUGAGACGCUGAGAGAGUUCGGUAACACUUUAUCUGAAGUCCAGUGACAUAAGGGCUUUAUAACACAUUUAUAAGCAUUAAAUAAUGUAUUUGAUUUAUGAAUAGGUUAUGCCCCUGUUUACAACAUGAAAUAUAAUGUUGAGACCAAUGCCAAAUAUCAAAUAUCAUGUAAAAGUUACUAUAAAAGUGUUAAAUUUAAUGUAACAAAACAUUUUUUAUGCUAAUUAACCCUGUUUCCAAGUUUACAGAGUCCUGUAUUGAGUAUUACUGGUUUUAUGUAGAGAUGUAAACACACUGUUGCUACUGUUGACUUCAGAAAGAGAUAUAAGCUACUAUAUUACUUUUGUUUUAUUUAUGCUGAAAUAUGGAUUAAAUCUCAUAACUAACUAACUAUCUCUGUUUAACUUUUACUCAGCAAAUUUAAAUAUAAUUAAUAAAAUAAUAAUUAAAAAAAAGUCUAGUCUGUUUGCCAGGCACACUACACCACAUAAUUAUUAAUUAAUUAUUAUUAAUCUCCCUUCCAAAAAAUCUGUACAAAAUAAAGAGAUUUUUUUUUUAUUAAGUGAUACCAUUAAUAAAAUAUAAUUUAAUAAUAUAUGAUUUUGUCAUAAUCUGACAUUCAUUAUUUAAUUGAUAUUUAAAUAUUCAGUAUGAAAAGCUAAUGUCUUACAAGAAGAACAAACCAGAAUAUCUUUUAUGUUCUAAAAAUAAAAUAAAAUAACUUUAAGAAAUGAAGGUCAGUUGAUCAAAUAUUUCAAAAACUUUGAAAGUUUCCUCAAGUGCAUCAUGAUGAAACUAGCUCUCAUCUGUAUGUGUUGAAUGUCAUGUUUUUAUUUAUUGAAAAUUUUAUUUAAAUUCAUGUAAACAAUUUUACCGCUAUAUAUUUAUUUUUAAUUGAUGGCAAGCUGCAUGACUGGGAUUCAAACUAGCAAUCUUCCGAUCAUAGCGGCAGAACCCUAGUCUGAUGGACCACUUGGAGUCCUUACCCAUAAGUUAAGUUUAAGUUAUAAAAGACACACUAUAAAACCUUUUUGCUCCUGACAUCAUUUAUUUGCAUAGUGGGCGUUUCCCUACGUUCUUUUUGAUAGAUAUUUUUUUUUUCUUUGGAAUGGAAAAAUUGUCUUUCCAGUGAUAAAAAAAAAACAGAAACACAAGCAAUACUCACUGAAUAAAAGUUUGUAAAAGUGAGUGACUAAUAAUAAGUAUAGUUGUUGUCCAAUAAAAAACAAGUAUCUCCAAAACAGCAAUUUUACAGGAGAGAGAAAAAACCUUUAAAACAUUCAAUAGAAGUCAAUGUAUAAAAAAUUAUUUUUUUUAAGGUUAUUUUAAAGUAUUUCUAUUGGUCCGUUCAUCAGGAAAUUUUGGCACAGUGUGAGGAACAGUUUGUCUGUUCAAAUUAUGUAGUAAACUAAAAAUCGACAAAAAUGGAGACAAUAAAAAAAGCGACAAUAUCAGAUCAUGUCAGAUCCUGUUUCUCAUUCCUCUUUUAAGUUUUCUUUGAAUAACCAAAGGAAAUUUAGCCCUGAGUGACAUGACUACACACUGAUGGUUAACCAGAGGUGGGGGACAUGCCCUUUAUGCAAAUAAACGAUGCUAGGAACCAAUAGGAAAAAUGCCCUUUUUCUAUCAAUUAAUUUAGAGCAUUUCUUAUUUAGGGCAUUUAGGGCAACUCUUAUUUUUAUUGUAGCCGAGCAUUUACAAAUACAGGGAUUGACAUGAUAAAGAAAAUAAUAACUACAUUUAAUGAUUUAAUUUAAUAAUUAAAAUAACAGUAAAUGAAUAGAAAAAAAAGAUUAAAAAUAAUAUAAUAAUAAUAAAAUAAAAUAAAAUAAAACAAAAUAAAAUAAUAAUUCAAUUUGGUUUCAUUAAGAAAUUAAGAUCAGAAAAUGAUAAGCUUAAUAUAAAAUAAAAUUAAGAUUUAAAAUUUAUUGUACUAUGCAAAAGAUUAACUUUUGCAUGGUACAAUAGAAAUACAAAUAAGUAAAUGAAUAAUAAAAAAAGGCAUACUUUUCGUAUAAUGUAGGAGAAGUGGUAUUAAUUCAUUUAAAUUAAUAUUUAAAAUGAACUCUACUAUAAUAAAGUGAGUGCAAAUUAAUAAAUAAAAAAAAGCAUUAUUAUGAGUUUUUUUUAAAACAGUGUGUAAAUCUUUAACAUUGAUAAAACAUGAUAUUCAACACUUGUCACAUAUUCAACACAUCAGUAUGUUUUGUCAGAAUAAACAGGUUUAUUUAAUAAAACAUCUAUAAAAAGUCACGUAGCAGGUAUCGUCAUAAGUUAUUCCAUAUAAUAAUAUUCCAUAUCUAUUUUAACUAUUGCUUUAUGAAUGCAUUAUUCAUUGUUAUGCAUGUGUUAUAAAACCCCUAUGUACUGUUGUUAGGUACCCUGCAAAUACUGAAAGUGUUACCGAAAGCUGUCUGGUCUCUUAGUGAACAGCUGCAUAUCGCACAAGUGCAUCGGGAAUAAAAACAGGCUAAAAACGAAAAACUACUGAAAUGUGUCACCGUUUGCCUCUGAUGUCAUAAGAAAGGGAAAUAAAGGUGAUGUAUGUUAUGUGUUUGAUUAAAUAUCCUCAAAUGAACCCUGCUGUUAUUUAUUAAUUGCCGUAGAGCAAGAUAAAUAGAGCUGUAUCGGAGAACUGAACUGAGGUGAAAUCUGUAACCCUUUAACAUUAAAUUCUUAUGGCUUUU